UCUGGUACCUUGGUAGCAUCUGAAACAUCAUCGGUCAUAACGACACAAAUGGCCAGUCAGUCCCAAGGUAUCCAGCAGCUCCUGCAAGCCGAGAAGCGGGCGGCUGAGAAGGUGGCAGAUGCCAGAAAGAGAAAGGCCCGGCGUCUGAAGCAGGCAAAGGAAGAGGCACAGAUGGAAGUGGAGCAAUACCGCAGAGAAAGAGAACAGGAAUUCCAGAGCAAGCAGCAGGCGGCCAUGGGCUCCCAGGGGAACCUGUCUGCUGAGGUGGAGCAGGCUACAAGGCGCCAGGUGCAGGGCAUGCAGAGCUCCCAGCAGAGAAACCGAGAACGUGUCCUGGCCCAGCUUCUUGGCAUGGUCUGCGACGUCAGGCCCCAGGUCCACCCCAACUACCGGAUUGCUGCUUAGAAUCCACCCCAGGGCCUGACUCCUCCUGCCAGUUCCUUCCUUCAAAGAACUCCCUAAGUCAAAAUCACCUCCCACCAUAAUCCUUCUCUCCUUUCCACUCCCUAGAAAUUCUUGGAAGCAGGCUCCAAUAAUUCUCCCUUGAAAUUCAUAAAUGUCCUGCUGAGACCUGAAUCUCCUGAUUGUCCUUUAACCUUCAGUGGGACCUCAUAAACUCCCAAGUCACCCUCAUGAAAUUUGUAGCAUGGAGAAAUAGGGAUGUGGAAAAUACUAACUUCAAAGCCUGGAAGGCUUGGGUCUCUCUCCCAACCCUGCCACUUGCUGGCUUGGCAACCAGGACAAGCUACUUCAGCUGUAGCCCCAGUGUCCUCUGCAAGACUGGAAUAGUAACAAUCAUGCCUACUUUGCAGGGUUGCUGCAAUUACUAGGAUUCUUCCGUAAAGAGCCUAGCAUGGUUUCUGGCAUGUGGUAGCUGUGGUCCAAUAAAUGGCAACCCUGUUAUAUUAUUACUAUUCCCUGCCCACCUACCAAAACCUAAACACAGCUGAUUCCUCACUUCUGUCUGUGGCUUUCUAAUUCUACUCAUUCAUUCUGUGGUGCGAGUAAUUCUCUAAAGAAUUGGUUCUUCCCACCUCUUUUCCCAGAGACCUUAUGAUCCCUGAAAAAAUGAAAUGAUGAUCUCAUUUAGCCUCUCUACUGUGGUUCCAGGAAGAUGUUUGCAUUUCUUAGCCUCUCUUUUUGUCUCUCUUAAAUUGGUCUUUCUCUUUAUUGGAUUUCCCUCUCUCCCUAAUUCUCCAAAGACCCAUCAGAUGUUCACUGCUUCCUGAGAUCUAAAGUGACCCUGUUCCCUCGUAUGCAUGGCCUUCCUUUCUACAUCUUCAACACCUUACUUUGCCUUUGUAACAAUAAAAAAGUGUCAAUAAAAUAAUU